AUGAUGGUUGCUCUGUUCUCUGGCUAUGUCAACAGUCUUCACCGUCGAUUCUUUGGCUCGUUCCACCGUCUUCAUUGCCCUCCGUUUCACUCUCUCAGAGUCGCUCCGUUUCACUCUCUCAAAGCCUCUCAUCUGCUGCUCCAGUGUCGGCAAAAUCUCUUGCCAACGGUGCCUUGCUAUCGCUGUCGAUUAAAAGGCCGGAGGCUGAGUUUCUAUUGCCGCGUGCAUAUUGAAACUUCUCAAAUCUUACUCCUCUAUGGAGCUGGUGUUGCUCUAUUCCAUCAGGGGCUUUCUCUAUUCCCUCAACUCCUUACCUAUGGCUCCUCGUUCCAUCAACAGCCGUGUCCUUCGAGUUGGCAUAUCUUGUCGUUUAAGGUAUCACAAGUAUCGUCAGGCCUGGAGCACACUCUGGUACAAACUUUCAGUAGCAUAAAACUCUUUGAAUGGUGUUUUUAUGAAGGCUUGGUUAGUCUUGUAGUUGUGUGGCAAAUACCAGAGAGUUUUUAUUCCAUUAAGUUCUCGUAUGUGUUGUUGCUUAUGUCUUUGUCUUAUCACAACCAUUUCGACUCUGGAAUAUCGAGUUUGAUUUCUGUCCUUCUGUGGCUGCUUGGAAUUUGUAUCUCACGCGGUCGUUGCAACUAG